AACAGAAGGAGCCGAAUCUGAGGACAACAGUGCAGAGGUCGAACUAGGGACACUGGUUAACCGAGCAGGUAACGAAGUCAGGGGCCCAGCGAUGCCUGGGUUUGGGGCAUUGAGGGGAUCAAUUUCCAGUGGAAGGGCGUCUGAGACCGGGUCGGCAAGAGGAAUGAGAUUUUUUCGUAAUCUGUGAGGGUUAUGGCGGUGGGCUGAUGCCGUGGUUAGUGCGAUGGCUGUGGAUUGUGCGGCGAGAACAGAUAGAAGGAUAGGAAAGGUACGGAUGAUCAUUGCGGACAUGAAGAUGCCAGCUGAACGAGCUGAGGAGACAGGGUGUGCCGUGUUCUCCGAAGGGGAGGCGCAGGGCUGAGGCGACUCAUUCGUUAUUUUCCGUGCAUCAAGCCUGCUGGCUGCAGGCGAAAUGGGCCGUUCAUAAGGACAGCAGUCUCCAUGUCAUUCACCACAACACGCGUUCGUCGUGAGAACUAUCGUUCUCAUCCACCUCGACUCCCCAGACAGCCGUCUAUACUCCUUCUUUUCCACUUUCAACUACCAGCCGCUUACCCGGCCCCGCUCCUUUCUCUACCUCCGUUGUGACCAUGCAGAUAUGGCCAACGUUGGUGGAUACAAUAUGUCCUUUAUUACUUGUUACUCUGGUAGCCUUCCGUGACCUCGUACCAGCCAGCGCUAUACCUGCACUAGUCAAGGCCUUCUGGACGCGGCUUAGCUCUCCUUUCCACCAACUAAUCGCAACCCAAGACCUGGACGGAGUGGACUAUACCCUGCCGAAGGCUGUCGCUGUCCACCGAGCUUUGACAAUUAUCAGCACCGUUACUGCGUUCGGAUGGCUCACAUCCCUCUGCUACAGCAUUGUCAUUGGGAACUCGGAUGCAUGCCUCCAGAUGGCAAUCCUCAUGGUCUGCUGGGUCUUCGUGGCACUCAAGUUUAUUCGGAGACCCCCGCAUUCGCCGCCUUACGUUCUUAUUGCGUUUGGACUCUUCCAGCUCGUCGGCGCCUGUCUUUCGAUUACGUCCCACAGUCUCCGUGAUGGUCUCCCACUAGCUAUGCUGGCAUUACAGAUUUUAUUAAACGGGUCCUUCAUCUAUGCCGCCGGAAAGCUCCCGCUGGAACCCAUUCGGCCCACUCCCAAAGUGGCUCGUGCCGAUCAGAUACCUUCAUCCGAUCUGACCUCACCCGAGGAUGACGCCCAUUUGUGGUCGUGGCUAUCUGCAAGCUAUGUUGAGCCCAUCUUAACCCUAGCAUGGGAACGCACCCUUCAAGACACCGAUGUGUGGUCCCUUUCUCCGCUCUUCCAACACAAGAACCUGUUCAAGAAGCGUGUAGAAUAUCGAAAUCGAUACCCUGAUCAAUCGUUGCUACGAUUCCUAAUAGCAUCUAAUUCACUGGAUUUUAUAAUUGUGCUCGGGUUGGAGCUGUGGGGCACCGUAGUUGGCUUCGUUCCGGCAUAUUCGCUCCAAAGGAUACUGGCAUCUCUGGACAAUCCAACCGAAGAAUCUAUGUCAACAGCGUAUCUCUUUGCUUUUGUUACCUUCAUGGCUCAUCUAUCAUUCGCGCAAGUGGAUUUGUUCAAGAACUGGCAUACUCGGAGAGUCUACGAAAGGACCCGUGGACUAAUCUUUAUAUCAUUAUUCGAAAAGGCGCUCAUGAGACGCGACGUAUCUGGAAAAGUUAGCGGAGACGAGGAAGAGACUUCAGCUGAUCUAGGGAAAAUAGUCAACCUCAUGCAAGGCGAUGCAUAUGCUGUAGCUCAACGGUUUUGGGACUUCGCCGCCCUAAUCUCGUCGCCAUUGCGGCUCACGAUAGCUCUCGUGUUUCUCUACCGGGUACUUGGGUGGAGCGCAAUUUCAGGCGUAUUUGUGGUGUUAAUCGCCUAUAUACUCAAUUAUCCUCUAGCCAUGUACAAUAUCAGUAUCACGAGAGCUUCGUGGAAAUCAAAAGACAAGCGCAUGAACGUUGUUAACGAGCUCCUGCAAAACAUCAGGUUUUUAAAAUAUUACGGCUGGGAGUACAAGUGGUCAGAUUCUGCUCGUGAAGCAAGGGAAACCGAGCUUGGCUGGCGCGUCAGGGAGAACAUAGUUGGAGUUGCUAUCUCAUUCAUCUGGACUUGGAUUCCCUCCGCCACGGCACUGUCUACUUUCGCUUGGUAUACCCUUAUUGAAAAGGAACAGUUGACAGUGUCGAAGGCAUUCACGGCAGUUGCUCUUUUUAGUCAAAUCCAAGAACCUAUGACUGCAUUGCCAGACCAGUUUUUCGCGCUGCUGCACGCGUAUGUCUCGAUGCAACGCAUUGACAGCUUCCUCAAGGAGGCAGAAGUUCCUGACUGGGCUUGCUCGCUGAAAAUGCCUAUAGUCGAUUCUGGCCGCAAUACCAAGAUUGGAUUCCACGACGCUAUCUUUGAGUGGAGUGCGACCGAAAAUUCCAGCAAUGAGCCUCGCUUUGUUCUUGAUAUACCGGACUUGCUGUUCCCUGUGGGCAAACUGACACUUGUCAAUGGCCCCACGGGCUCAGGCAAGAGUGCGCUGUUAGGGGCACUGCUUGGUGAGAUGUACCUCCUCAAAGGCACUGUCUACUUGGACAAGACAAAUCAUCUAGUCGCUUAUUGUGCUCAAAACCCAUGGCUCGAGCAUGCUACCAUCCGCGCAAACGUUAUCUUUGGAGCUCGUUCCGGGUUCGACGAGGAACGCUACGAGGCGGUGCUUGAAGCAUGCGCUUUAAACAAAGACCUUGACAUGUUUGAAGCCGGUGACAUGACCGAAAUCGGAGAGAAAGGUAUAACCCUUUCUGGAGGCCAGAGGGCUCGAGUAGCCCUCGCACGCGCCAUCUACUCUGAUGCCGAGGUUAUUUUGCUGGAUGACCCAUUGGCUGCCGUGGACAUGCACACCGCUAAGCACUUGGUAGAACAAUGCCUGCAAGGACCUUUGAUGCGUAACAGGACUGUUAUCCUGAUUACACACCAUGUUAGCCUGUGUCUCCCCAUCGCUUCCUACUUCGUCGAGCUCGCUGGCGGAAAGAUUCAUCACCACCAUUCUGCCUCAAAGCUGCGAUACAGCGGUCUGAGAGAAGCGGACAUGAAAGAAGACGAGACCCCAUCAACGGAAAUUUCACAGACUCUGACCCCCGAGAACGAGGCUGACUUGGGUGUCCAGACAUCACGGAAGCCUCGCGGAGACAAUGGCAAGGGAAGGCUCAUUGAGGCCGAGUUCCGUGCAGAAGGCCGCGUCCCUUUCAAAACAUACUGGACUUACAUUCGCGCUGCUGGUAUUUUGUCCUGGGUGCUGACCAUCACCCUCAUGAUUGUCAUUCGGUUUGUCAACAUCGGCAACCAGGUUUUCCUCGCGAAAUGGGGUGAGGCGUACGACGUAUCCCCCGAGGCACAGGCACAAGUUCUUCCGGAAAUCCACUACCCUUGGGAUAACCUCCCUCCACCCGACGAGGACGUAAAGCCCUGGCUACACAUCUACCUAUAUAUCUCCAUUGUCGGAGGCUUUUCAGUGCUGUCCUACAUGGUUCUGGGCUACUACGCUAGUCUCCAAGCGUCCCGGACCCUCUUCUUGAGGCUGUUGGUUCGAUUGACAAGAGCACCUGCCCGUUUCUUUGAUGUAACCCCGAUUGGCCGUAUCUUGAACCGUUUCACCUCGGACAUCAACACCAUCGAUGGCACCUUGCAACCAUCCGCUCGGGCAGCCCUAAGUGGCGUCCUCAAUUUCGUUGCAUCGUUUGGCGUCAUUAUCGUCAUGGUACCUACAUUUGCACCUUUCGCAGCCAUCAUUGCCUUGCUAUACAUUCGGCUGGCGCCGAAGUACAUACAAGUGCAGCGCGACCUUCGUCGUCUCGAAAGUAUCUCGCUUUCUCCAGCAUUCGCGGGCUUUGAUGAGCUGCUUCGCGGUCUUGCACACGUCCGUGCGUUUUCAAUGGAAACACGAUACCUGGAAAGCUUCUUCCAGAAGGUGGAUAAGUUCCAGUCUUUCGAUCACUUCUACUGGAUUGUCAAUGGCUGGUUGCGCUGGCGAUAUGACUGCUUGGGAUCUACCGUGGUGUAUCUAGCAACAGUGUUUUCACUCUGGCAAGGUGUCACGAAUGGGUCCGCUGCCGUCGUGAUUGUUCAAGCUGGCAUCUUCGCUGAAGCAUCCCGCGUGCUUGUUCGAGUGCUCGCUCAGCUAGAGUUGGACUUCAAUGCUGUUGAGCGAGUUGUAGAGUAUCUCCAAGUGCCACAAGAGGCACCUGCCAAGAUCCCGAAGAAUGCGCCGCCUGCGGCCUGGCCUUCCACCAGUGGAGAUCUCAUCGUCGAGGACCUAGAGGUGAAGUAUGCACCUGACUUGCCACCAGUUCUUAAGAACAUCUCCGUCGUCAUCAAGCCGUCACAAAAAGUCGGGGUGGUGGGAAGGACCGGCUCUGGAAAGUCAACAUUCGCUUCAGCAUUGCUUCGCAUGGUGGAACCCAGCGGCGGUCAUAUCAUUAUUGACGGGGUCGACAUCGCCAAGAUUGGUUUAGAAGACUUACGGACCCGGAUCACAAUUGUUAGCCAAGAUGUAUCGCUGUUCGCAGGUACCCUUCGGAGCAAUCUUGAUCCGUUCUCCGAACAUACGGAUCAAGCUUGCUGGGAUGUCUUGAAGCGUUGCCAUCUUCUGCCUCUAUUGUCUCAUUCGUCGACAAAAGGUCAAGUCACGCUUGAUAUGCCCAUCAGUCAGGGCGGUUCAUUAAGCGCUGGUGAGAGGCAAUUGGUGGCACUCGCACGGGCCAUCCUGCGGCGGACGAGUAUUGUCAUCAUGGACGAGGCGACAUCACAGAUCGAUACGGUAUUGGACGAGCAGAUCCAAAAAACAAUUCGCGAAGAACUCUCAGCAUCCCUCGUUAUCACUAUAGCUCACCGGCUCAAAACCAUCAUCGAGUAUGAUCAAAUUCUUGUCCUGGAUGCAGGGAGAGUAGUUGAAUUUGGUACACCAAAGGACUUACUGAAGGUGACUGAUGGAAAGUUCUCUGAGAUGUGCCGGAGUAGUGCAGACUGGGGUGAGAUAGAGGACAAAAUCUUGACCAGAAGCAAUGAAAACAAUUAGUAGACUAAGGUUGUGUGAAACCACAACCUUAGUCUACUAUUUCUUUCACUACACUAACGUAGGAAGGAAACAGGUCUGACUGAGCAAAUAGUUAGUCAAAAUACA